AUGGAUGCUGUGCUCGUGCACCGCGAUGGGCUCGUCUACGCAGAGCACCCGGCGCGCUUCGUCCGCGAGCGAAGGCAGGCGGUCAACCCCAUCAAUAGCUUAAUCUCGUCGCUCGUGGACGGUCCUGGCGGCGGCGGGGCUUCGUCGACGAGCAGUGCUGCGUCUAGCACGACCACAACGACAUCCUCGAGCACCACCACGAGUUCCUCGAGGACGACGACGACGAGUUCAACGACGAGCAGCACCACUUCCUCGUCGACCACAACCAGCGCCGAACCGAGCACCACGACGUCGCCGCCCCCUUCUUCGACCUCCACGCGCGAACGCACGACCACAAGCGCCCCGGCCGACACGACCAUCACGAGCGUGAUCACUCCGACGACGGUCAUCGUCGUCGGCACAUCGACCAUCACCUCGUCCCUCCCGCCCAUCACCUCCGCCUCGACUCGCUCGCUUGCGCCGACCAGCUCGGCUGCCGCUUCUUCGGGCGGCCUUUCGACCGGCGCCAAAGUCGGCAUCGGUGUGGGUGCUGCAGCCGGCGGUCUCGCUCUUCUCGCACUCCUCGCUUUCCUCUGCCUCGGCGUCGGACGCAGGCGCAAGGAGAAGCGCGACGCGGCCGACAACAUCCUCUGGCCCGCGACGGGCGACAGCGCCGCGCUCUACCCCGAGCCGGUUCACAACACGGGCAGGGCAGGCUUCGGUGUCGGAGACGACGGCGACGAGGUCGAAGAUGUUGCAGGAGCUGGUGCCCGCGGAAGCGGAGGACCGGGCAUGGCAGAGGUCGGAGCUGGUGCGGCCGGUCUCGGUGCAGCUGGCAUGCUCGGUCGCUACGGCUCGACGUCGAGUCGCCAGCCGACGCUCCCGACCAUCCCUCCGUCGGUCUACACGUCCGACUACUCGGCCUCGCCGUACAACCAUUACGGCGGAGACGGCUCCUCGCCCGAAGGCGCGUCCGCCUACACGGGCUACUCGACUCAGACGCCCUCGCAGCACUCUCACGCGCCGCUCGCCCCGGGGCCCGCCUCGAUCGGCUACGUCGCGUCGCAUGAGCGCCACACGCCUUCGCCUCCUCGCACGGGAUCUGCCUCGGCCGACGGACACGCGUACGACGCCGCAGGAAGCCAGUCAGGACACUUGCCGUUCCCUGGCGAGCCGGAGAUGGAGGCGCCGGACAGGGCGCUCAGCCCGAGGCCGAUGCAGGUUGGAGACAGCGCGUUCGGGCCUGGGUACGACGAGACCGAUGGUGGGAGGCGCUGGCGCUUGAGUGUCGUCAACGACGACCCGCGCGACCGCGACUGA